GAUAACACAUUUAGUUCCUGUAAGUUGUCAGUGGCUGGAGAAUCUCAGGCAGCGGUAGCGGGGCUGGGCGGGUUGACUCAGGCUCUUUUAGAAAGCUGCACGUCUGCAGAAGUUGUUGUUGCUGUUGAUGUGAACACUCUUGCCAAUGAAGUUUAUAAGCACAACUUUCCCAGCACACCAUUAUGGGCAAAGGCGAUUGAGGGCAUACCACUGAAAGAAUUUGACAGAUUAUCUUUUGAUAUGAUUUUGAUGAGUCCUCCCUGUCAGCCAUUUACAAGAAUUGGCCUGCAAGGUGAUGUAUCUGAUCCACGGACAAAGAGCUUUCUCUAUAUCCUUGAUAUUCUCCCAAGGCUCCAGAAGCUUCCGAAAUACCUACUUUUAGAAAAUGUUAAAGGAUUUGAAUCCUCUUCUGCAAGAAAUGAACUUUUGCAAACACUAGAAACAUGUGGAUUUAAAUAUCAAGAAUUUCUCUUGUCUCCAACCUGUCUUGGCAUUCCCAAUUCUAGGCUGCGAUAUUUUCUAAUUGCAAAGCUUCACCAAGAACCAUUUUCCUUUCAAGUUCCUGGUCAGAUAUUGACAAGAUUCCCAGGUCAGGAUCUAGAAGACUUAUUCAAGGACAAAGUCACUGACAAAGUGGGUGAAGCUAGUUCUUCCUUGUCUGCUGAAGAGAAGAAUCUGGAUCCAAACAUUGGUCCUGAUUGCAGGAGCAAGAAGAGUUUACCAAAAGGGGCCUUUCUUUUUAAGCUUGAAACAGUAGAAGAAAUUGAAAGGAAACAUGGUCAGGACAAUGAUUCCUCUAUUCAAAUGCUAAAAGAUUUCUUGGAAGAGGAAAAUGAAGAAAUGAGUCAGUAUUUCUUACCACCAAAGUCCUUACUGCGCUAUGCUUUCUUGUUAGACAUUGUUAAGCCCACCUGCCGGAGAUCCACAUGCUUUACAAAAGGGUAUGGACACUAUGUAGAAGGGACAGGCUCAGUUCUGCAGACAGCAGGAGAUGUACAGCUUGAAUCAGUGUUUAAACGCAUUGAGGAGUUACCAGAAGAAGAGAAGCUUAUGAAAUUGUCAACACUAAAACUGAGGUACUUUACUCCAAGAGAAAUAGCGAAUCUUCAUGGAUUCCCUCUGGAAUUUGGCUUUCCUGACAAAAUAACAACAAAGCAAUGCUACCGUCUCCUGGGAAACAGCCUCAAUGUACAUGUAGUGGCAAAAUUGAUCUCCAUUCUACUUGGAUAAUUUAGAACCUGAAUCUAAUGAGUAUGGACUGGUGACAGAAAAUACUUCCAUCUUUCAAGAGAAAGCUGAUGGCAACUGAACAAAAAUCAUAGCUUACUGAAAUAUCUGUCCAGACAUUUUGCUGAACAGUUCUGACAUACUUUUAAUACCUUGCUUUUAUGGUGGAUUUGCACUGUAGAGGUGUUUUAUUUAAAUGGAAGUUUCCAGGACUUAAUUGCUGUAUUUAAAUGUCCUUUUUAGUUUGCAAAAUGAGAAAAAGAGCAGCAUUUACAUAUACCUCAAUGAAAAUGGAUAAGACUAUUUUAUUUUAUCUUAAAACCAUCUUCUCAGUACAGUAUAAAAAGGCUGUAAAUGUCACAGCUGUUUUAAUUAAGUGCAGAGACCAAGUUCUGCAAGUAAAAUGUCUUCAUCUGUAAAUAUCAGUGAUCCAUUCUUAAAAGAUUUAUUGUAUAUAUGAUCUGAAAUUUUGAUGUGUUUUUUGUAGCUAAUGAAACUAUUAAAUUCAAUAUUUUGUAUAUAAUUUUUAAGAAGACACAGUGUCAUCCUUAGUUUAUGCUAUAUCAGUCUAUAUGUCUCAUCCUCUCUAAAUACUUGUAGGUUUCUGGAACCCAACUGUAUCUGUCUGGAAUGAUUUGUUUAGGUGCAGCUGAAUAAAAAUAUUUCAAGAUUAUCACAA